AUGGCCGCCUCAGAAGCAGGCCGUCAUCAAUCCCUUUCUUCCCCCGCCUCUGACGACGAUCGCCCUUCCCAAACCGAGCAGUAUAGCGAAAAAGACCCCUCGCAACAAGAAGGGACGUCAGCACCAGACUUUGGUCCGCCGCCUGAUGGAGGGUUCCAAGCUUGGCUAGUUGUUACCGGAGGCUUUUUCGCUGUAUUUGCCAGUUUCGGGUGGGUUAAUUGUAUCGGCAUAUUCCAGGAUUACUACGAACAGAAUCAACUCAAAUCGUACUCAUCUAGCGAUGUAGCAUGGAUAUCUUCCAUCGAAUCAUUUAUGUUGUUUUUCUGGGGCCCAGUUGUUGGCUACAUGACAGAUAAUUACGGCCCUCGUAUUCCCAUUCUCAUCGGCUCAUUUUUACACGUCUUUGGUCUGAUGAUGACAUCCCUGUCGAAGAAAUACUAUCAGAUUAUUCUCUCUCAAAGCAUCUGCAGUGCACUGGGCUGUUCAUUCCUCUUCUACGCACCUAUCGCUGCUGCUGGCACAUGGUUCAAGCGUCACCGCGCUAUCGCCUUUGGCAUCAUCACUGCAGGAUCCAGUCUCGGCGGUGUCGCCCUUCCAAUCAUGGUGAACAAGCUUGUCGUCCAAGUUGGUUUCGGUUGGGCGAUGCGAUCUGUGGCAUUCCUCUUCCUGGGACUACUGGUCAUUGCGAAUGUUACUAUCAAGUCGAGACUGCCACCGCCACGAAGAAAAUUUGACAUUCAAGACUUCAUCACGCCGUUCAAGGAAAUGCCAUUCCUUUUGCUGACUGUUGCUGGAUUCAUGCUGUAUCUGGGUUCCUUCUUGCCCUUCAACUUUAUCAUCGUGCAAGCGAAGGAGCUUGGCGUGUCGGAUAGCCUGGCUCAAUAUCUGGUAUCCAUCGUCAAUGCAGCUUCCACCUUUGGUCGUCUUGUUCCCGCAUAUUUUGGCGACCGAAUCGGCGUGUUCAAUGUCAUGAUUCCUUUGACCCUACUUGGAGGCAUCUUCACUCUCACAGUAUGGCUCACUGCGCACUCGACAGCUUCGGUUAUUGCCUAUGCCGCUCUGUAUGGAUUCGCCUCCGGCUGCACUUUAUCUAUCGUGCCCGCUAUGGUUGCAAGUUUCUCAGAUGUCCGCAGCAUUGGAACCCGUAGUGGCGCACUCUAUGGUGUUUCUGCCAUUGGUGUCCUUAUUGGAAGCCCAGUCGCCGGAGCCAUUGUCGGCGCAGAGGAUGGGAAUUUCUCUGGAUUGAUCGUCUUCUGCGGUGUCACGAUUUUGGCGGGCGCUGUGUUUGCUAUCAUGUCGAGACAGGCGUUGACCGGGGGUCAAUGGCUGAAGAAGGUUUAA